GGAUAUAUAGCGGGGGAGGUCGUCCGUCCUACUCUUGAAACGCCCUUGGUGUUGCCGGAGCUGGGCUAGCGCAUCUCCCCGGAUUCUCGCCUCUUGGGUGCUGUCGGUCGAUUUCUUCUUUCUCCAGGAAGAAAAAUGGCACCUGUUGCAGUUGAUUCACAACCGAGCGUGGUGACUAGGGUCGCCAACUUACCCUUGGUGAGCUCCACGUAUGACCUGGUCUCUUCGGCUUACUUCAGUACAAAGGACCAGUUUCCCUACUUGAAGUCUGUGUGUGAGAUGGCGGAGAAGGGCGUGAAGACCAUCACCUCGGUGGCUGUGAUGGGCACUCUGCCCAUCAUCCAGAAGCUAGAGCCACAAAUUGCUGUUGCCAAUACCUAUGCCUGCAAGGGGCUAGACAGGAUCGAGGAGAGACUGCCUAUUCUGAAUCAGCCAACAAACCAGGUUGUUGCCAAUGCCAGAGGUGCUGUGACUGGGGCGAAGGAUGCUGUGACGACGACUGUGACCGGGGCCAAGGAUUCUGUGGCCAGCACGAUCACGGGGGUGAUGGACAAGACCAAAGGAGCGGUGACUGGCAGUGUGGAGAAGACCAAGUCCGUGGUCAAUGGAAGCAUUAACACAGUUUUGGGGAGUCGGAUGGUGCAGCUGAUGAGCAAUGGAGUAGAAAAUGCGCUCACCACAUCAGAGCUGCUGGUAGACCAGUAUCUCCCUCUCACUGACGAAGAACUGGAAAAAGAAGCGAAAAAAGUUGAAGGAUUUGAUACUGUUCAGAAGCCAAGUUAUUAUAUCAGGCUGGGAUCUCUGUCUACCAAGCUCCGCUCACGUGCGUACCAACAGGCUCUCAGCAGGGUGCAAGAAGCUAAGCAAAAAAGCCAAGAGACCAUUUCUCAGCUCCAUUCUACUGUUAAACUGAUUGAAUUUGCCAGGGAGAAUGUGCAUAGUGCCAACCAGAAAAUUCAGGGUGCUCAGGAUAAGCUAUACGUCUCCUGGGUGGAGUGGAAGAGAAGUAUCGGCUAUGACGACACUGAUGAAUCUCACUGUGCUGAGCACAUCGAGUCACGUACUCUUGCUAUUGCCCGCAACCUGACUCAGCAGCUCCAGACCACAUGCUCUACCCUCCUGUCCAAUGUUCAAGGGUUGCCACAGAACAUCCAAGAUCAGGCCAGUCACUUGGCUGUGAUGGCUGGAGACAUCUACUCAGUGUUCCGCAAUGCCGCCUCCUUUAAGGAAGUGUCGGACAGCGUCCUCACUUCCAGCAAGGGGCAGCUGCAGAAAAUGAAGGCGUCUUUAGAUGAUGUGAUGGAUUAUCUUGUUAACAACACACCCCUCAACUGGCUGGUAGGUCCCUUUUAUCCUCCGCUGACUGAGCCUCAGAAUACUCAGGACCAAGGUGCAGAGAAGGACACUACCAACCAGGAGGCCCCGCAACCUGAGCACAAACAUUAAACCUGUCUCUGUCACCAGUGCGUGGUGCAGCCAGCCAGCUAACACCUUCUGUUAAUGUUGAAAUUAACCUGCUUGACAACUCUGAAUUGGAGCAGCAGCUCGCUAGGAAAGAUGUCCUUAACUGUAGUAACUUCCAACUGGAUUAAGAGCUUUAAAGUUUUUGGCAUUAGCAGAUGAGUGAGUUCUGUUGUUUACCUGGCUGGUAAGAAAAUGAUAGACUGGGCAGAGCCUAGCCAGAAUUGAAAAAAGUUCUAGUGCAUUUAUGGUCUCAUUCUCUUGCCUCUGUUGCUGUCUGUCUGUAUUGAAUAAAAACACCUUCGUGUGAGCUAUGUUAUGAACUGUUGUCGGCGCCGAUUGGGUCUGAGCAGGCAUUCUCACAGGUUUGUCUCACAGUGCAUGCUUGUAUAACUUUAGUUUUUUUUUAUUUUUCAUAAAGGAAUGCUGCCUAUGAAUUCAAUAAAAUUCACUGCAGAAUAGAUCAGUUC